AUGAGAUAAUAAAUUUCUGCACCUGCCUUUGGAAUAGAAUACAAGUCUCCUUUUUCUCUACCAUAAUAAGGAUCUGUAAAAUUCAUCUCUCAACCCUCGUUUUAAAAUUAAGUUUAGCCAAUAGUUUAAUAAAAAUAUCAAUACCAAUAAUAAAGUUACCCAUAACAAUUCAAUAGAUAAAUUUGUCCAAUUAAUCGAAAUUCAAAUGCAACAAGAGGAAUGUGGGAAUAGCAGGGAGUUUAAAGAAUUUAAUCUAGUCAUGGGGAUGCCAAUCUGCAGAGUCCAUUAUAAGUAGUUGAUUUGUAGUAAGUUGAGGAACCUUGGAGGUUGAGGGUUUAGGAAUUACAAAAUAGAAUAAAAGAAUUAGAAGCUUAAAAAUAAAAUAAAAUAGAUAAUGAUGAUGAAGAUGAGGAAGUUAAAUUUAAUAAUUAGUUAACACAAUAAAAAUUUUAUAAGAUGAAAUUUAAUAAUUAUAAGAGAAAAUAGAGUCGAGAUAAAAUGUUAUAGAUGGCUAUGAUAGGUAGAUAUAAGAAAAAAGAUAAAGAAAUAGAAGAAGCAAACUAAUAUAUUCAGGAAUUGCAUGGGUAGCUGGAAGAAUAAACAACAAACGUUGAAGAAAAACACAAAUAUUUGUUUGAUGAAGUAAACACAUGGAAAAAGAAGUUUAUAGAGUAAAAUAGAGAAUUUCAUCAAAAAUAGGAGGAACUGAUGAUUCUAUAAGCUGAAUUGGAUAACCUAAGAAAUGCUCAAAUAAUAAUAGGUAAAUCGAGUGAUUACAAACAAUAAAAAUGA